AUGGCUCCUCUUCCACCUGUAAGAGUAUCGGAGGAUAGCGAUCGGGUUGCCUUUCCCUUUUCCGCCGUUAGUGUCGAUUAUUUCGGCCCAUUUCAUGUCACCCAUGGGAAAUCAACCAGAUCGGCGAAAGCAACUUCAAGUUUGAACAAGCGUUAUGGAUGUAUUUUUACCUGCCUUCGAUACAAAGCUGUCCAUAUUGAAAUUGCGAAUGAUCUGUCUACGGAGAGUUUUAUCAACGCAGUAUUACGUUUUGUAGCAAGAAGGGGACCACCGUCGGUCAUUUACAGCGACAAUGGAACGAACUUCCGAGGAGCUGAAUUAGAUAUUUUAAAGGCGAUGAAAAUUUGGAAUCAAGAGCAAAUAAGAUACAAUCUACAAGAGAAGGAAAUUGAGUGGAAGUUCAAUCCACCAGCCGCUAGCCAUUAUGGUGGCGUAUGGGAACGUCUAAUUCGGUUAUAACUGAAGUAGAGAAGACCAUGAAUGAUCGUCCGAUUACGCCUGUUCCAAGUGAAGCAGAAGAUUUGAAGACACUAACUCCAAAUGAUAUCUCACUAAUGCGAAGAAAUUCUUGCGUUUCUCCAAGAGGAUGAGAGAAAUCUCGAUCGAUAUCAAGCAAGAUGGAAACAAGUUCAUCAUCUUGCUAAUAAAUUCUAUAACCGUUGGAUUAAAGAGUAUUUGUCCCAACUUCAAUAAAGUCAGAAUUAGUUGAAAAGCAGAUACAAUUUCCGAGUUGGAGAUCUUGUUCUUGUCACUAGUAAAGACACAAUACGUGGUAAAUGGCCAAAAGGUUUGAUACAAGAAGUUUAUCCCGACGAAGAUGGUGUAGUUCGAAGAGUUUCAGUACGAACAGCCACAGGAACAUAUCAACGUGACAUUCGAAAGUUAUGUAUGUUAGAAGAACAAGUUGUAAGUUUACUAGUUACUUCGAGAACAAUUAAUCUCAUGAAAUCUAAGUACAUUUCUAGGACAGUUUAA